GGUGGCUCAGUGCUUCAAAUUCGUCGCUGGGACGAUAUGAGGCUGCCGAGACCUUUGAACUUCAUCUUGAAGCUGCACUGUGGCUGUACAUGCUUUCAGUUGGUGGAUUAAUGUUGUGUGCGAGAUGUUAAGAUGGUGUUGCUACAGUGCAGUUCAUCGAGUUUGGUAGAGGUUGUUUUGUACUUGGGUCUGGGACAAGGCCAAAGAUUUCUGCUUUGCAAUAUCUUUUCAGGGCCUGUCGACGUCUGAUGUUUUCCGGACGAGCACCCACGCCGUGGCCGCACCUUGUGGUCUUUACGAGUAGCUUGCUUGGUAACAAUAAGCUAAUCUUUCAUAGUUUCAUCCAAUUGGAAUGUUCAAUUCAAUGGCUUCUUUGCUUUGGCAGGAAUUUCGCGUUGGGUCCCAAGAAACUGUGGUGUUGGUCAACCAAUCACCAUCGUGCUGUGCCUCAGUACGGGAAGGAUGCCGGAAGGAUUCGUUACACACUCGACGAUCACGUUUUCCAAGUUUGAGAUGCAUGGCAGACAACUCAACUUGGGUAAAAAAUGCACCGGCAAAAUCGAAAUUGCGGAGCUUCAACAACGCAGCGACGGAUGGAACAGCAGAACUUACCACCAAAAGGGUAGUUCAAUAUGGAAAACCGAUCGUCAUGUACUCCCCCCUCAUUUAUGAGCGUGCACCAGGUUCUCAGCCCGCGGCACCAGGAAACCAUAUGGGUUUCGUCGGAUGAUGAGAGAUAUGUUACUUGUACCUCUUCCUCGCCCUCUCGCUUGUUUGCGUCAUGGAUGAGUGGUUGACCCUUUACGAAGAAGAUGUGGCUACGAAAGGAGAAGAGUAUGAAUGUGCCGGUGGUGGAGGUCACGGCAUCCACUCCUUUGAAGGCGCAUUUUGACGACUUGGGCAUGAGGAAGGAGGAAAGUGGUGUGUACAAUUCCUCUGUUGUUGACGACGAGAAGGAAUUUGCUGGGCCCCCCAAGCCUAGCUUCUAUCAACGGGUGAAGUCCGCUUUCCAUCUCAGCAGUAAGUUACAUCUUGAGAAAGGUAUGCAAGUAACUAACAUUCAUAGGGGAGCCACUUCCUAAUAUUUAUUCCGAUAUUUACUAUGGAAAGGCUGACUGGAGGUCAAUUGGCAAUUUACUACUAGCAGUAUACGCCACAGUCCUCUCUGGUGUAUCCCUCGCUAUCGCAGUCUGGCAACCGCGAUAUGGAAAAUGGAUUAGUCCCAAUGGACCCAUUAUCCCCUCCACGGCAGACUUGUUAUUUUCCAUCAUUGCGAAAAGUAUUGAGAUUGCGUCGGUUGGGCUAUACAUGACCUUCCUCGGACAAUGUCUCACCAAGCGCUGUCUUCGCUCACGUGGGAUCGGCCUUCCUGACAUCGCGGUUCGCGAGUGGCUACUUCAACCCGGCUUUGUAAUUUGGAGCUUGGAGAAUCUCAAGUAUGCAAGCACGACCCUUUUGGGAUUCAACUCGUUCCUGACUGCGAUUGCGGUCUUCUUCUUCACGGUAGCGUCGAACUCGCUUGUUUCACCGCAUAUCACGCUCGGGAACUGGGAAUCCACGCAAUUCUACGGCGAGGCUCGACAGAAUUUUGGGAACUCGGUCAUUAUCAAAGAGGAGUGCUGGGCACCGAUCAAUGCGAGACUUGAUAAUCAAGAUGUUGGGGAGUCUUGUAUGAAUGUCCUCGCUUCGGGGCUUGCGCUUCAAGAUUUAAACAAUUAUAUGAAGGAGUGGGCUGGGCGUGCGAAGGAUAACAAGAACACCACUGAUUCUGACCGGCCAGUGGCCACCAGUUCGAUAUUCACUGAUACACGGACCUCAGGACGUUGGGUGGAAAAGUCAACACCCAACAUUUCUGCUAACUUUGAUACAUAUGGUAGAGUUGUGAAUAACGUCACCCUCUCAAUGCCGCAUCCAGUUGUCUAUUACUCAGUUCGAAAGGAGUUUCCCAAGGCAAAGAAGGGUUCUGGCCUCGGGGAGUAUACUAUGAAAGCUUCAGUUUUGUCUCCGACGAGCAACACUAUGUGCGUCAACAUGAACCGAUCUGAGGCAGCACCUCUGGUAUACCUCGAAUGGCCUGGACCUCACAUCACACCUGGUGUCGCACGUAGAGGCUGGGAUAAAGAUCUAUAUGGCAACCACACAAAUUACAAAUCCAACAUCACUGCAACACACGUAGGCUCCAUCUUCAAAUGGGGAUCCAAAUACGACCGACAACCACCCAUCUUCCCUCAGGUACGUAAAGCUACAACCAAAAUAUCAACCAGCCCCUCGCUAACCCUUCACAGUGGCCAAUCGACUUCAACUCCGUAAUCAACAUCAACAUCCCCCAUGGCGACUCCAUCUACAUUCUCAUCAAAUCCCCCAACACAACCGACUACACCAUCUGCCAAAUGCAAGGCUACCUCUCCCCCGACUGCAGCACUAAACACGUCCAAAACGUCGGCGCCACAUCCCUACAAAGCGAUUGCGACGACAAGGACCUAAGUUUCGCCGCCUCCAUCGCACCCUCAACCUUCCACUCCCGCCCAGACAAAGACUUCCGCGACGUCCUCGGCGCCUGGGCGAUAGCCGUAGGACUGAACAGCGGCCUCCUCUCCUCCAACACCUCCCUCGGCCACGUCCUCUCCCAGCUCGUCAUUCCCACGCCUGCCCCCUCCAACACCAGCACCCAGACCCAACCACAAACCCAAAAACUCCGCUUAAACCCCACCCUCCCCUCCCUCUCCGAAGCCCUCGCCGUCCUCUCCGCCUCCAUGCUCCUAAAAGCCUCCAUAAACACCACCAGCUUCACCAACACCAGCUUCCCCUUCCCGCUCCCCGUGCCCCGCACCUCUCUCUCGCUCCCCUACCCCGUGCGUGUCCAAACACAGCAGUUCCGCUCCGGGCCCCCGGCCCCCUGGCAGGGGAUCCUGUAUCCGGUGCUGCUUAUUAUGUUUUUAGCGAAUGCGUACUGUUUGGUUUAUUUUUUGA